GUCAUCUCAACUGGGCGCGGGCGACGGCGUUCUGUGGUAUCUCAGCGUGCGGCGUCGCUGUCGCCGGCUCUGAGGCUGAGCGGAUUGCAGCAGCCGGCCUGUUUCACCUGGUUGUCAGCUCGCGUCGGGUCCCGCGGAGAUGGCAGACGAUCUGGGAGACUUGUGGUGGGAGAACCAGCCGGCCACCACCAGCAGCCCAGGGUCCAAAAAUGAAGAAGAGAGCCACACCCCUUGUUUACCUGUUCAUCUGGCUGCUUUCGUGCGGUCACAGCAGAGUGGACAGCUGCACUAAAAACCAUCUGGCUUUAGAAGAACCAUCAGGUGGUGAGGAAGGAGGAGACACAGAGCUGAUGCAGCAGGACACAGCUUCAGUUCCUGAACCACCAAAGGAAACCAAACAGACCAAACAGCCUACAGAAUGUUUCUUGAGGAAACCAAAGGAAACAAAAGAGGAAGCCCGGAAGACCAGGAAAUGGAAAAAGAGGAAAAUUUCUGAUAUUCUUGCAAAAUCAGAGCCCAAACCAGGGACCCCUGGGGACCUUCAGAAGCUGAUCAAGGACCAUUACAGCGGCAGUCGGUCCGUAGUUGAGCUAGAAGAGCUCAGCCUACCAGACUCCUGUUUCCUUAAGGCCAAUGAUUUGACUCACAGUCUCUCUUCAUAUCUAAAAGAAAUCUGUCCUAAGUGGGUAAAGCUUCGGAAAACGCACAGCGAGAAGAAGUCAGUCCUGAUGCUGAUCAUCUGCAGCUCUGCUGUCCGAGCCCUGGAGCUCAUCAGGUCACUGACAGCAUUCAAAGGAGAUGCCAAAGUUAUGAAAUUAUUUGCAAAACACAUAAAGGUCCAGGAGCAAGUGAACUUGCUGGAGAAGCGUGUGAUACACCUGGGUGUGGGGACUCCAGGGAGAAUCAAACAGCUUGUUAAACAAGAUGGCCUUAAUUUGAACCCCUUAAAGUUUCUGGUUUUUGACUGGAACUGGAGAGAUCAGAAGCUAAGGAGAAUGAUGGACAUUCCCGAGAUAAAAAAGGAAGUGUUUGAACUUCUAGAAGUGGGAGUGUUGGACCUCUGCAAGUCAGAGUCCUUGAAGCUGGGCCUCUUCUAACCCUGGUCCUGCUGAAGUGUCCAGUUGCCAGCAGGCUGCACGUACUCAGUCGCUAGCUACAGUGAUGGAGCUGUGUUAGUCCUGCUCACUGCAAACGCUUCAUGGGGACUUUCGGACACCUGUGCUAUGAACCUCUCCUUUGGCUUAUGCCCUCAUACAAUAAAGAAGCUCUGCCUUGCA